AUGCUGCCAACAUUCACUGCCCUGCUCUGCCUUGGUCUAUGUCUGAGCCAAAGGAUCAACACUGAAAAACAGACUCUCCCAAAACCCAUCAUCUGGGCCAAACCUAGUAUCAUGGUCACAAAAGGAAACUCGGUGAACAUCUGGUGUCAGGGGGCUCAGAGUGCUUCUGAGUAUCAACUGUACUUUGAAGGAAGCUUUUUUGCCUUGGAGAGACCAAAGCCAUCGAGAUCGAUGAAUAAAGUCAAGUUCUUCAUUUCACAAAUGACCUCACAUACUGCAGGGAUCUACACCUGCUUCUAUCAGAGUGGAGAGCUCUGGUCAGAGUCAAGCAACCCCCUGAAACUGGUGGUAACUGGUCUGUAUGACACACCCACCCUCUGGGUUCACCCAGGGCCUGAGGUAACCUUGGGGGAGAAUGUUACCUUCUCUUGCCAUCUGAAGACUGCAACAAGCAAAUUCUUUCUGCUCAAGGAGAGAGGAUCCAACCAUAUCCAGCAUAAAUAUGGGAACAUCCAAGCAGAGUUCCCCAUGGGCCCUGUGACUAGAGCUCACAGAGGGACAUACAGAUGUUUUGGCUCUUACAACGACUAUGCAUGGUCUUUUCCCAGUGAGCCUGUGACACUACUCAUCACAGGAGAUGUUGAAAACACCAGCCUUGCACCCACAGACCCUAUUUCAACUCUUGAUUAUUGGGAGUUUGACCUUUCAACCAAAGAAUCAGGAUUGCAGAAGGACUCUGCCUUCUGGGAUCACACAGCCCAGAAUCUCAUUCGGAUUGGCCUGGCAUGCAUAAUCGUGAUGGCUCUAGUAUGGCUUUUGGCUGAAGACUGGCUCAGCAGGAGGAAGGAUCAUGAGAAGGCCAAUAGAUUAACAAGUUGGGAAUGCAGGGGAAGACGGAGAAUGCAUCGUUACCAUGAAGAGGAGCAAAGAGAUGCAAUAUCUAUGAGGGAACUGAAGGCAACUCCCGAGGAUAUGUGAGCUCCAUGUUACCCCCUGGAGGAAGAAA